AUGGCCGAGGGCGCCGCCCCCCUCCUCCCCACCGCUGGCUACGACGGCGAGGACCGAAUCAGCGCCCUCCCGGACGACCUCCUCCGGGCCAUCAUCUCCUCCGGCCUCCCCGUCACGGACGCCGCCCGCACCACCGCCCUCGCCCGCCGCUGGCGCCACAUCUGGCACUCCACACCGCUCGUCCUCGACGAUGUCGAACUGCACGGGUCCGCCCGUGACGCGAUAGUCUCCCGGGUCCUUGCCGACCACCCGGGUCCCUUCCGCGCCGUCCGCCUAGCCGGAUGCAGGUUCGCCUCCCUGGACCAUAACCUCGCCGAGUGGCCGCGCCUCCUCGUCACCAAGGGCAUUCAGCUGCUCGUCCUCGUCAACAUGCACAUCCAGCCUCAGCGCACCUCCCCGCGCCUCCCCGCUGAAAUCCUCCGCUGCGACUCGCUCCAGCGCCUCUUACUGGGCUUCUGGACGUUCCCCGCCGACGUCUCCCACGUAGCCGAUGUCUUUCUUCCUCACCUCCACAAUCUCAAUAUGUUAAGGAUUGACAUGAGCGAUCAUGACCUGGAGUGCUUGGUUGCUGCCAGCCCCGUUCUGAAGACCCUUUUGCUCGCCCAAAACAAGCCCAAGCAUGUGCGUCUCCGCAGCCAAAGCCUCAAUUGCGUGGUCGUUGGAGGAUCCCCGGUGAAGGAGGUCGUGAUGGAAACGCCGCUCUUGGAUCGCCUUAUCUUGGUGGAACCGCCUCCUAGUGCUGUUGGAGGUGCUGGUAUGAGGGUCAAGAUUACCUGUGCACCCAACCUGCGGGUGUUUGGCUACCUGGAGCCGAGAGCUCACAAGCUGCAGAUCGGCGAUGAUGUCAUCGAGCCAAACAUAAUGGUGAGCCCAAGAACGGUGCUUCCAGGCGUCAAGAUAUUGGCCUUGAAGGUGAAUUUUGGUGUUUUCGAGGAGGUCAACAUGCUUGCCAGCUUCCUUAGAUGCUUUCCCAAUGUUGACAUGCUUCACAUCGAGUCUCUCCUGCACGAUCCAUCCGUACCUGGCUAUGAACCCACUGGGGAGCACCAUGCCAAGUUCUGGCUGGAGGCCAGUCCGAUCAAAUGCUUGCGAUCACAUGUCAAAAGGAUGGUUAUCCACAAAUAUCAAGGGCAUCAAAACGAAUUUGAAUUCCUCAAGUUCAUCUCCAAGGAUGCGCUGGAGCUGCAGUCUUUGGUGCUUGUGCCACCUAAAGAAAAAAAUUCCUUGCCGAACGAGGUGAAUGAGAUGAUAGACAGACUGGGGUGUCCACGGUUUCGAGCAUGGGCCUCUAAAGUGUUGCUGGUGUUGACUAAAGUAGACAUUGGUUUUAUUUUGCAGAAAUCAUCCGACCUUACGGUCGACGACCCUUUUCGCUGCUCGAUGCAUGGCUAA